CGUCUCUGAAGACUGUCCCCGGAGCCACUUGGGAAACAUGAGUGGCAACGACUUAAGCGGGAACGACGAGUUUGACGAACAGUUGCGAAUGCAGGAAUUGUACGGAGACCCUAAGGACGCUGACACCCAGAAUGAGCCCACCGGAGAAACCGACUCUUUGGGACAACCACCGGAUGACACUCCCUACGAGUGGGACCUUGAUAAGAAGGCUUGGUUUCCCAAGAUCACUGAAGAUUUCAUUGCUACCUAUCAGGCUAAUUACGGCUUUUCUAGUGAUGGUGCAUCUAGUUCUACUGUGAAUGUCCAGGACCCCAACACAAAGACUGUAGAAGAACCUCCACAAAGAGAAAUCCCGGAAACCACUGACCCCAAAAAGAAAGGAGAAAAAAGAAAGGCUGAGUCAGGAUGGUUCCAUGUCGAAGAAGAUAGAAAUACAAAUGUAUAUGUGUCAGGUCUGCCUCCAGACAUCACAGUGGAUGAAUUCAUACAGCUUAUGUCCAAAUUUGGCAUUAUUAUGAGAGAUCCUCAGACAGAAGAAUUUAAGGUCAAACUUUAUAAAGAUAAUCAGGGAAAUCUUAAAGGAGAUGGGCUUUGCUGUUAUCUGAAGAAAGAAUCUGUGGAACUUGCUUUAAAACUUUUGGAUGAAGAUGAAAUUAGAGGCUACAAAUUGCAUGUCGAGGUGGCAAAGUUCCAGCUGAAGGGCGAGUAUGAUGCCUCAAAAAAGAAGAAGAAGUGCAAAGAUUAUAAGAAGAAACUGUCUCUGCAACAAAAGCAGUUGGAUUGGAGACCUGAGAGGAGAGCUGGACCAUCCCGGAUGCGACAUGAGCGAGUUGUCAUCAUCAAAAAUAUGUUUCACCCCAUGGAUUUUGAGGAUGAUCCAUUAGUGCUCAAUGAGAUCAGAGAAGACCUUCGAGUAGAAUGUUCAAAGUUUGGACAGAUUAAGAAGCUCCUCCUGUUUGAUAGACACCCAGAUGGUGUGGCCUCUGUGUCCUUCAGGGAACCAGAGGAGGCUGAUUAUUGUAUUCAGACUCUUGAUGGAAGGUGGUUUGGUGGCCGUCAAAUCACUGCUGAACCCUGGGAUGGGACUACAGAUUAUCAGGUAGAGGAGACCUCAAGAGAGAGAGAGGAAAGGCUGAGAGGCUGGGAGUCCUUCCUCAAUGCCCCUGAGCCCAACAGAGGCCUCCAGCGAAUGGAUUCCAUCUGUGAUUCAGAAAAGGCAGGGCCUUCCAGAGUAAGGCAUUUUUCAGAGCACCUGAGCAUGUCUACCACAGGUGCUCAGGAAGCUACAACUGGAAUGGCUCUUGAAGAACCUAUUGAUGAAAAGAAGUUUGAAAAGGCAGAAGAUGGGGGAGAAUUUGAAGGAGAUGCUCCUGAAAAAGAUGCUAAAGAAGGUGGGUCUGAGGAAGAUUACCCUGAAAGAGAAGGUGAAGAGGGCUUCUCCAAGAUAGAGGGCGAAGAGGGCUGCUCCAAGAUAGAGGGUGAAGAGGGCUGCUCCAAGAUAGAAGGUGAAGAGGGCCGCCCCAAGAUAGAGGGUGAAGAGGGCCGCCCCAAGAAAGAGUGUGAAGAAGGCCACCCUGAGAGCAAUCUUGAAGAGGGUUAUCCUAAAAAGGGGUCUCAAGAGAAUGGCCCUGAAAGAGAAUCUAAGAAGAAAGGCCAAGAUAAUUAUGAAAAGAAUGGCCUGGCAAAAGAGUCUGAAGACAAUGAAUGCAACAGAGAGUCGGAAGAGGAAGAGAUUCUCAAGAAAGAACCAGAAGAUGAUGAUGAUUCAGAAAGGGAAUCCGAGGAAGACUGCCCAGAAAAGCAAUCUGAAGAUGGCUCUGACAAGGAACUAGAAGAAAAUGGUGUUAAAAAAGAUUUUGACCUGGAUACCUCUGACAAGGAGUUCCCUGAAAAUGUUGAGAAAGAGUCAGAAGAAAAUGACAGUGACAAAUCAGAAGUUGAUGAAGGCUUUGAAAGAGUGUUAGAUGAGGAAGGCUCAGAGAGAGAAUUUGAAGAAGACUUGGAUGAAAAGGAGGAGGAAGAGGAAGACGACAGAGAAGAAGAAGAAGUUCUAUAUGAAAAGGUUUUUGAUGAUGAGUCUGAUGAGAAUGAAGACGAAGAAGCAGAUGAAAAGGAGUGUGAAGAUGCUGAUGACAAAGAGGAAGAAGAUGACACAGAUGAAAAGCUCUUUGACGACUCAGAUGAAAAGGAAGAUGAAGAAGAUAGAGAUGUAAAGCAAGAUGAAGAUACCAAUGACAAGCUAUUUGAAGAUAAUUCCAAUGAGAAGUUUUUCGAUGAGGAAGAAGGUGCCAAUGAGAAAUUGUUUGAUGAUUCUGAUGAGAGAGGGACUGUGGGGAAUGUGAAAGAAGAUGGGUCUCAGUCCACAGACAGCAGCUUUGCCCUUAGUAGUGAUGAUGAUGAUGAAAUAUAAUCCUUUCCACUUGCUUUUUAGGGAGAGCCCUGUGUCUAUUUACCUGUGCUUCAGGGUCAGUAGUAGUGUUACAUCAACAUGUGCAUAUAGUGGUAGGAUGCCAACAGACUAAUGUCUUGAAGGGUUUUGUUCUCACCUAUACCAAUGAAUUUAAAUAUGUUUAUUGUUUCUUCAGUUAAAACUUCAUAGUUUCAACGCAAGUAAACUGGAUACCUGUUGUUUUGUUGGAUUUGUUAAAUGCAUGCAAAAGAAUAUUUUUAAAGUAUUCUAAUUGGAGUUUGUGAUAUUCAGAAAUAAAGAUAAAUUGAUAAUAUGCAGAAACUGAAA